CUUCAAUUCCCAAGUGUGAAAGUCGCUAAUGUCUUUUUGAAGAUAUCCAAGAUUUGGACCCAGUUCCUUGCUAGGCUUAGUUAGUUUGAACAUCCAUUUUCUAGGAAAGGUUUUUUCUGGGUUGAAGGCUUGAGAUUAGCUCAUCACAGCUUCAUUUAAUGGAGGUGCUAGAAUAACAAUAGCAUAACAGGGAAUUCCAACGAAAUGAUAAAAUGCUUCAGGGGUUGUACUAAUGACUUUGUUCUCACCACAAUUAUCGGCGACCAGUUUUGUAAAAUCGUUUCAAAUGAAAAAACCCGAAAUAAAAAAAUGCUGUCACAAUCACAAGACUUACGAAACCGAUAUUUUUUCCAAAGUAAAGCAAUUAAAUAUAGCGGUAAUCGAAUUGAUGAUUUGCCAUCACCAUUGUCAUCGAAACGACCGGAAAUUCCAGAUUCCAACUAUCACUUCCUGGUGUCUUCUAUUGUUUUAUAUCCUCUGACUAUUAUAAAAGAUCUAUGUACUCCAAGUAGCAUUCAUUCCAGUCGGUAAUCAUCAUGGAGACACUUACGAUUUCGAUUUUGAUCAUUACAAUCCUAGUAGCUCCAUGCCAGUCAUUUUGGUGGUACUACGACUACUCUGAUUCUGACUACUCAUCUUGGUGGCCGUCUUAUGAUUACGAACAACCUGAACCUAGACAUAUUUAUACUGAGACCCAUGAAAAAAAAAAGUCUGGAUCCUUAAAUUAUAAUACUGAUGUUGUCACCCGCACAAAUAAGGAUUCAAUACCAUUGUACAAGCCUCCUCGAAUUGCUAUCAAAAUAGAUCCAUAUAACCUCUUUAAUUCACACAUUGAUGUAAAGGUACCCAUUGAAAAGAAAAUUGAACGCAAAGAGGAGUUAGUUAAUCGACAUGCCAUAAAUUAUGAUAGUAGAGUGGACGUACAUGAUAAAAGACAUGCAACAACGUCAGAAACAAAAAAUAACGAUUUCCACUUUAGAAUCAUUUAA